GUUCCUUCAGGUAAAUCCUACUCAAACUUGUACCAACUCGUUUUUGACUGACAGGGAACAGAGAGAGUUUUCUUCAUUCUGAGGGAACCUCAACACCUAUUUCUCCCAAGGCGACCUGCAGGGACGGAUCCUUCCUUCACCCCGACAGAAGCGCACCCCCAGCCAGAAGCCAGCCUCCUCGCCCGGCAGGUGAUAGCAGAACCCCAUGGUAGCCAGGUGGGCGAAGGGGAGCCGGGACGGUCCACCUGCCUUGAAGAAGACGGCUUCUGACCUGCUGAGUGGCCCCAAGAGCCGGCGGAUGGACCCAAUGCACCUCAGCAUGUCCAGUGCUCCCCUGGUGAAGCACACAGCCAGAGCUGGACUCAAGUCCCACAGACCCCGGGUCAUGUCCAAGAGCGGACACAGCAAUGUGAGAAUUGACAAAGUGGAUGGCAUAUACUUACUCUACCUUCAAGACCUGUGGACAACUGUGAUCGACAUGAAGUGGAGGUACAAACUCACCCUGUUUGCUGCCACGUUCGUGAUGACCUGGUUCCUUUUUGGAGUGAUCUACUACGCUAUCGCGUUCAUUCACGGGGACUUGGAGGCGAGCGAGCCCGUUUCAAAUCACACCCCCUGCAUCCUGAAAGUGGACUCUCUCACGGGUGCGUUUCUCUUCUCCCUGGAGUCCCAGACAACCAUCGGCUAUGGCGUCCGCUCUAUCACGGAGGAAUGCCCUCAUGCCAUAUUCCUGUUGGUGGCUCAGCUGGUCAUCACGACCUUGAUUGAGAUCUUCAUCACGGGCACCUUCCUGGCCAAAAUCGCCAGACCCAAAAAGCGGGCAGAGACCAUCAAAUUUAGCCACUGCGCUGUCAUCACCAAGCAGAAUGGGAAGCUGUGCUUGGUGAUCCAGGUGGCCAACAUGCGGAAGAGUCUCCUCAUCCAAUGCCAGCUCUCUGGCAAGCUCCUCCAGACCCAUGUCACCAAGGAGGGGGAGCGGAUCCUCCUCAAUCAGGCCACCGUCAAAUUCCACGUGGACUCCUCUUCGGAGAGCCCCUUCCUCAUUUUGCCCUUGACGUUCUACCACGUGCUGGAUGAGACCAGCCCCCUGAGAGAUCUCACACCCCAAAACCUGAAGGAGAAGGACUUCGAGCUCGUGGUCCUCCUCAAUGCCACCGUAGAGUCCACCAGUGCUGUCUGCCAGAGCCGCACCUCGUACAUCCCCGAGGAGAUCUACUGGGGUUUUGAGUUUGUGCCUGUGGUCUCCCUCUCCAAAAACGGGAAGUAUGUGGCCGACUUCAGUCAGUUCGAGCAGAUCCGGAAGAGCCCCGACUGCACGUUUUACUGCGCGGACUCAGAGAAGCAGAAGCUGGAGGAGAAGUACAGGCAGGAGGAUCAGCGGGAAAGAGAACUGAGGACUCUGUUGCUGCAACAGAGCAAUGUCUGA